AUUGCGUUGUCUUGUGCUCCUCUGUCUGUACUCACAUAAAUAUGGCCUAUGCAUCCAGUCUAGUUGCGCUUUCUGUGCUCACAGUCGGUGGGUAUAUGCUUUUCACCGGUUCUGGAGAAUCGUUCAACGUUGGUGAAUUCUUGGAGUCCACCUCGCCUUACAUGUGGGCCUGUCUUGGAAUUGCCAGUUGUAUCGGCUUUUCAGUUGUUGGUGCUGCCUGGGGGAUCUUCAUCACUGGCUCCACCAUCUUGGGUGCUGGUGUCAAGGCUCCUCGUAUCACCACUAAGAAUUUAAUCUCCAUCAUUUUCUGCGAAGUUGUUGCUAUCUAUGGUCUUAUUAUGGCCAUUGUGUUUUCGUCAAAAUUGACUUCAGUCCCUACUUCUGAUCUUUUCACAAAGGAAAACUUAUACACGGGCUAUUCGUUGUUUUGGGCCGGCAUCACUGUUGGUUUGUCCAACUUGAUCUGUGGUCUUGCUGUUGGUGUCACUGGCUCUACUGCUGCCAUCUCUGAUGCUGCUGACUCGUCUCUUUUCGUCAAAAUCUUGGUGAUUGAGAUUUUUGGCUCUGUCUUGGGUUUGUUUGGCUUGAUUGUCGGCUUGUUGAUGGCCGGUAAAGCCCAAGAGUUCAAGUAGACUCAAUUGAUCGCUUUACAAAGUUGACAAGUUGACUUUACUAAACUCUUCACUAUACAUAAAAAAAGUUUAGCAUCGACCAGUUCUAUUCUCAUUUGGAAAUGAACGAUGGAACUGCCUUCACUUCUAGCGGCAACAUGCAACCAUAGUUACCAUUAUCAUGAUUUUUGUUCAUGUUUUAAUAUAGUUAUCCUUCAAUAUAGACCUUACGAAUUACUUUGUAGACCUAACACUAUUGGUACUUCCUGGAAACUAAUAAGGUUUAUAGUUAUCAUUGUAUUUGAACCAAAAUCAUAGUAUUCUUACUUUGU